UUCUUCUUUCUAUUUAUUUAGUAUUGUACGAUUCAUGUCACAAAUUAUCUCGUGAGUGUCUUACGUCAGUAUUGUACCUUGUCUAUGACUGCUUUCUAAUGCAAACAAAUGACCAUAUGCAGAAUAUCAUGCGAGAUUAAAAAAUAAAUGACAAAAUGAAAAUAACAUCAAUAUUCAAACGUUGAUGUGCUGUCUUUUCUUUGCCCGUCGAAUCAUUCGUGGGGAGAUUCCAUCUGGACAAAUCAUCAUUGAUGUGGCUUGACGAUGAUGAUUGGUUCUUGUUGUUGAAUUCAAGAAAGGCGAAAUUUGGGCACUUGGCCAUGUCUGGUGGCCGUCGUGGUAUUGGUGCUGAAUGUCGGCAGUGCUGCACUUUCGACCUCUUGGACUUCUGGGAGGGGAUAAUCCUCUGCACAGUUCCACAAGCGCUUGUUCCACAAAAUCUGCUCUGUUAGCAGUGUUAGCCUCGCCAUGAGUCAUAUUUGCAUUGUUAGUCAUUGUAAUUCCUUGCGUAAUAGUGUGGUUUGCCGUAUAUCGAUCCCCACCUGCUUGAGUAGUAUUUUGCCCAAAAUAAUGAUGAGGAAAGUGUCGAGUUUGUCGAGAUAUUGCUUGAUGUUGACUCCAUUGAUUUUGUGGUUGUGAUAAGUUUCCUAAUCCAGGCUUCAUGUCAGAAUUAGAAAAUCUUAUGUUGGCCAAUCUCUGCUGCUGUGGUUGAUGAGAUUGUCCCCAUUUGUUUUCAUAUACAUUACUAUUAUUGUCGUUUCUGUUGUAAAAUGACGGACCAUUUCGGACUGGGGGCAAGUUAAUAAUUGUGUUGGAACUAGGAAUAUUGAUAACGGUGUGUUUCAUGGAAGUUACGUUGGUUAUACGGUUGGAUAAUACCCUCUCAACUGGUUGGGUAUUUGUGAAGGGAUCGCAAUUUGGCUGCACAACUGAGAUAUUAUCUGUUCUGGUUGAUGGGAGUUUUGUUAACCAUUUCGAUUGAUAAACCGGCAUUUUCUUAUUCGUUGCUGUGAAGAAUGACUCCUCCUGAUGAUGAUGACAUUUAGUUACGUUUAAAUAUGGCCCAGGUAGAAUCCCUUGAAGGACUCCACUUGUUUUUCUCGAUGCAUUUCCAAUAAAACCACUGCUGUUACUCUGAUGGUAAUCAAGCUCCUCGUUUGUCUGCAAUCCGCUCUCAAUAUCUUUAAGCUCUUGAAGUUGGUUCUUGCCGCUUGUACAAGUUCUUUCUUGUUCUUGAACGACAAGGAGGUUCAAGUCGGUAUUGGUGCUGGUGGUGACUUUCUUGGGAAGGGAAACACUAUACUCAAUUACGGGCUGGCUGACAUUUCCAUCAACAUCAUCGUUCUCAACCGCUUGGCACGGUACCCGUUUAAAAGCGUUGAAAGUGAUUUUGGACACAUCGUCAACUAAACUUGUCAGAUGACUGAUGUUAUUAUCAGCAGCAGCAUCAUCGUCGUACAACAUUUCAAACACGGAUCCGGAUUUACUUGGGACGAAUCCAGCACUGAAAUUUUGUCGUUUACUUUCCCGUUGAUCUUUGGCGGUACGCAAUUGUUCGAGUUGCAGGGGGUUCACAGCAGUGCUCGUUCUGAUCCCGUAAACAUCAUCAUGGUUUGAAAUUCUACACUUCAAUUUGUCUUCAGUGUCGGGCAGUGACAAGGAAGACGAUUUUGAAGGUUUUGACAUGGGACGAGCGGCGGAUGGGCUUUUCUUGAGUGUAAUAUCUGAACAGCUUCGCUUUGCGGUGACGACUUCCUGCAAAGGAGUGAACGCUUUCCCAUCCCCAACGGCGUUAUACUCAAGUUGCUUGAGUUCGUUUACUUUCACCACCACAGUUUUUCUUCCUCUCGCUUUCAUUAAGAUUGGUUCCGUACUUUUGCACCUUCUAAGUGGAACUGUUUUCAAAAAUUCAGUAUCAGAAUCUAAUGGUGGAGCUGAACCUGACUCGUGCUGCUUGCGUCGUGACUCAAACAAAACCUGAAUGUCAGACACAGAUCUACGAAUCUGCUUGGAAUUAUUAUUAUUAUUCGUUUUCUGCUUUUGUUUGGUUGUCGUAAACUUGUGAUGUGCGUCGUGUAGUUUGUUGAUUGGACCUUUUACUUCGAGCAAAAUAUUUUUCAGAGACUCCUUGUCAAGAGCAGAUCGGGAGAAAAUUGACACCAUGGAACGCUGAACUUUCACCACCACAGGUUUCCCGAUAGGUUUAAAAGUGGUGUGUCGUUUUUCCAAAGUUGAUGGCCCGUUGUUGAACGAUUGUGAUUUUGAUCGAACUAUGUACGCGUUAAAACUCAAAUUAAAACUAACAGUUGCAGCAUUGCUUUAAAGUUGAAGACAUUAAACUGUCUGUGUAAAUAAUGAUUUACCAUCAGCCAGUAUUUCUUUGAUUAAUAAUUCUUCAUUACUUUGUAUGCCAUCAAUUUCCACCGGUUUCAGUAUUUCUCCAAACUUUUUAACCAAUUUCUCAUCAGCCAAAAUUAUUGCCAAGUAUGGAAUUAGAGGUUGUGGGAUCCGUUUGUCUCGAAGAACAUCUUCCGGUUGUUCUUUCAUUAUUGAUCUUUACAAAAUAGUAACAAAAAUUUUCACAGCAUGUGUUCUAAAGACAUGAAAAGAUGAGCAUUAUUUACUUACAAAUACAUCUUGAUUAUAUUUAAAUUCUCCUUAUGCAUCGAAUUUAUCCCUUGAUUGCACUUUUCAAUGCAGCUGCGCAAAUGAUUUCGUUUUUCUAAUGCCAGCUUUACAGAUCUCUUUCUGGUGGUCAUAUUUUCUUGAUGGUUUCUAAAUUUGUAACAAUUAUCCAUAAUUCUGUAUCGACUUUAACGAUACGGGCACGAGGGAAAAUGACGCAAUUGGUAUACCUCACAUUUUCCAGUCUUACUUUGGCCUCCAAAACGACUUUCUCCGCCUUAUCAAUAGAUUCGUCUGCUGCAGCUUUCUGCUGGUGCAAUUCUUCAUUGACGAAUACUGCUUCUGUAUAUUGCUGUUCAGACUUUGAUGCAACGCGUAUAUGCGCUUUGAAAUCAAUUGUUUGAAAUUUAAUCAUGCUUAGAGUUUGCAUGCACACGGGGCAUUCGACGGUUUCUGUGUUAUGAGCUCUGAAAAAUGGUUUUAUUGUCAAUACUGGAGUACACUCUCAUAAAACAAUAGUUAGUUCUUAGGUUAAUUGCUUACUGUUGAUAAAUGAAGCAGUAAUGACGCAGGCAAAAUCGGUGGAAAAUGUGUCCACAUGGCGCAGCCACGAUGAGUUCAGAGUCCCUAAAUUUCCCUGCCCGGAUUUCUCUGAUUUCGUUUCUCAUGGCAGUGGCUGCAUUUCCGUUUCCUUCGAUGACAUCAGGUCGAGGGCUGGGAUGACGUGCCAAGGACAUUUCACACACGGGGCAACAUAGCUCUUCAGAUAAAGCGACCUCGCCUUUUAUGGGGUUAUCCUGAAUAAUAUUCUUCCUGUAGUUUACGUUCAUUCUUGUAAGUUUGUUAAUUUGCAUUGGGUUUUCACAAGAGGAUAUACAAAACUUGUGCAAAACAGUAAUAGUGAAAUACACGUGGAAUACUCUACACCGAGACAUAAAAGUAUUAUUGCGAAUAAAAUGAAUGGGACUUUGAACAAUUGGGCAUCUUGUAGCUGUUAGUGACAGUUAGUGACAGUUAGUGACUGAAGAAUCCUGGGGAAAAUGAGGAUUUUAUGUAAAAAAAACAUUUUUCUUACCGAAGUGCAUGGAUUUUUCUAACUGUGCAAACUUUGUUUCACAAAAUAAUUAGUGCUCACGUAACCGAAGAAUGGCAUUAUCUGAUGGUAAUCUAUCAAUGGAUGGUGAUCUAUCAAUGGGUGACAAUCUUGAAGGUUUGCAAGAUGUUGUGCUGCAACUGGGAAAUAUGGAUUUUAAAGAACAUGCAUCUGCAAAGCAGGGAUCGCCACUAGUGCAGCAGAGGAUCACUUUAAAACCCAAGCGUCGGUUGUUGCGAAUGACAUCAAUUAACUCAGUUCAAAACAACUCUCAUGGUCUUGGCGAUUGUGAAACUACAAGCUUCAGUCCCACAUCGAAGGAAUUUCCUACAUUCACGCCUACAGCUAAAACUUUAAAGCUGACCGAAUCUAAAUCUGAAAUCCAAGCAGAAAAACCGUCAAGAAUCAAGCCUAAGUUAGUCAAGGAGCAUGUUGGACGUUUAAAAUCGAGUGGUACCGUAAAUCUGUUGGGAAAUAAAAUAGAUGGGCUCGAACAAGCAGUUCAAGUUCGCUAUCUUGCAAAAGCCACAACACUUAAUUCUCACAUUUUAGUGGCCCCAGAGCUGUUCAGAUUCUAUUCUAAAAAGACGCGUGUAAUGAUGGGACUUCCGGAAGGUCGGUGGGAAGACAUUUUCAUGUAUUUGAGCAUAGACGAUUUGAAGGCAUUCAGAAGCGUUAGCCGCACAACUAAUUCAUCCAAGAGUACACAAAAAUCCAGUGAUUCCUCAGGAACAGGUUUGCGAAGAUAAUACCGUCGGAUGGCCUAAUAUUCGAAUUAGAAAUUUUGAGAGGCCGUUUUCUGGAAAAAGAUAUUUUUCUGAAACUUAUGACCCUCGGAACCAGGUUGUGAAAACGUUGGUCAACUCCACGGUGAGAAGGUUGGAAAUUAGUGACUGUGCUCUACUAUGGGUAGAAUUACUUGAAACCAUUGCCUGUUUAUCCAAUCUCCGUGAGUUGGUUUACUCCCACAGUAAAGAACAUUUGUACCAAAACAAUAUUCUGAAGGUUAUCAAAGGCAAUUUGCAUGAUCACAAUUUCAUUCCCAACGCUUUGAAAAGAGGGGAAUUCAAACGCUUCAGAAAUAUCAAGACAUCCGUAUCCAAAAAUCUUAAACAAGUCCAGCUGCAAGCACUCAAUUUAGGAAUCACAAACUUCAUAAUUGCAAUAUUGUAUCAAUUAUGUAAAAAUUUGGAGGAAUUGGAAAUAAUUUUUCUGGAAGAUGCAUUUCUGCACGUAUCUCAAGCUGGAGAGACGCUUGGCACCCAUACAAUUGAGCCAUCCUUGUCCGGGAUUGGGACUCUAGAUGCUUGGCUUUUAAUUCACAAUAACCAAAAAACGUUGAAGACUUUAACAAUUGGAUUUUUGGACGAAAUGCGAGAUAAGCACAUCGAACCUCAACAUUUUUACAAUAAAACUACCACAUCUAUGAUGAUACCAGUUGCUCCAAUGAUAAGUUACGCAGUGUGGCCUCGGCAUGACAAGUUAAAACUGACCGAACUCUGUUUUGAACUUCCGAUGGCAGUGAUGCUCCCAGCAGCUUCUCAACACAAUGAAAUGUGGUCGAAAUUUCUUAGCAAACCUGAAGCUUUUCAACGUCAUGAAAACAAUCUGCUAGACUUUUAUGCUUCUCAGCUGCCCGCAUUAAGCUAUUUCUGUAUCAAAACUCUUGAUGACAGCGGUUAUCGUAUAGAAAAUUCGGUGUUAUCAGUAAUCAACCGUCUUGAGCCAGGCAAGCUAAGAAUUGGUAAAGCAGUCCAUCCAAUUAACGAAACUAUCAAAUGGAGCCUGAUGCUAAAAGCUUCUUAUGAAAUUUGCCUUUAUUUGGAUGACGUAUCUCCACCCUAUGAGUCAAUUUUUCCACCAGACAUGCCGGUUAUGGAAAACUUUAAGACGCUUCAGAUUGAAACCACAAAUAUCGCACCACCACUGCCCACCUUUGACAUUUCUCGCCUGCUCGUAAAAUUUCCGCACCUCGUCCGCUUGGUGUUGGUGGAUGGGAAUUGCAGAUAUCCCUCUCAGAAAUAUGAAGCACCAAAAGUCACGGAUCUUGAUAUGCAAUCAAUCAUCUACUUUCUACCCUCGUUGGUGGAACUUGUUAUUCAGUGCAACAUGUCGGAAGUUACAGAUCUUGGAAUGACUGGUGUCAGGUAUGCAGCGUGUCAAAGGAUGCAAAAACUGGGACAAUAUACUAUUCAACCUGGAGAUGUAUGUGGACAUUCUUUCUCCAAGUUGAAAUAUUUGGAGAUUCUAGAGUUGCAUGGCUUGAGUGAAAAAGUCACAGACGCUACAGCUAAUUUGGCCAUUCUGGUUCUUGAAAACUGCAAUUUGAGAGAAUUGUACCUAUUUUCCCCAAAGGUAUUUUUGGCCGAUGAAACAUUACAAACACUAAAUUAA